AUGAUGGACUCCUCUGCCGGCGGUUUACAUGUCGUACGACAGAGUGAAUUCCCGAAUAGAACGGCGUUUUUCGAACCCAUCCCCAGCUCUGCGGCCAACUCUACAGACGACGGGAUUCUGCGACAGCUUCGCCGUGAGCAACUACAACAUCAGCAACAGAACCAACGGACGCAUUUCCUGUUCCAGCAGCAGCAGCAACGCCUGCAGCAACCGGCGGAAUAUGGGACAACAACAACCCCCUCGCAGUCGGCCUACGUCGACCCUUCGACCCUGAACUCCGUCUCCGAGGCGGCUCCGUCGGCGUCGGCAGUGGGCCGACAGUCCUCGACACCGACGCAGAGCUCUUCGGGCUGGCAGGACUCCCCCAUGAGCAACGCCGCCGCCGACUCGCUGUCCUCGCCCGCUAGCUCCGUCAUCUCGCCGCACAGCACGAGCUUCGUCGUCCAGCCAACGCCCCCGAUUGACCCUCGCGUUCUCGGCGGGUUGCCGAAAGAGACAAUCGUUGUCCAACCAAAGGAGUUGACGGCCGUCGCCGAGGAGGAGGCACCGAAACGCCGCCGAGGCCGUCCCAGACUCUCCGAGGCGGUCACCGCCCAGACUACCCGCGCGGCGUCACCGAAAACGAAAGCGACAGCGACAACAACGACGACGGCGACGACGAUGACAACGACAACGACGACGGCGAAGACGAACAUGGCAAAAUCGCGCAAGAACAACGCGCCUCGACGGACAUCGACCGCCUCGGCAGCGAGCGGCACCGCCGGUGAAACGGCGGACGAACGGCCCGGCGCCGGCGCCGGCGCCAACGACAAGAAGAACCGCAUCCGCGCGCGGAACCGCGAGGCGGCGUACAAGUGCCGCAAGAAGAAGCAAAAGGGCAUCGCCGAGCUGCAGACGCAGGAGGCCAUGAUCGAGAACGUCAACAGGACCCUCAACAGCGAGGCGGCCAUGCUGCGCAGCGAGAUCCUGAUGCUCAAGAACAUGGUGCUCCAGCACGGCGGCUGCGGGUGCUCCUUCAUCGAGGAGUACAUCUCGGGCGCCGCGCAGAACCUGGUGCAGUCGAGCAUGGCGGCGGCGGCUUCCGGCGGCGGCGGUCAUAGUAAUAGUGGUAAUGGUGGUGGCAUGCAACAAAUACACGACCAGAACUGCACGAACCGAGGAGACGACGGGGAAGGAUACAACGUCGACUGGAAGGGCUUCGACAUCGAUUCCAAGGCGGGCAUCCGCUCGCUGGGGUCGGAAAGCGGCUUCUCUGGCUUCGACGAUGCCGCCUCGCACAGCGCCAGGGCACAAUCCCAAGGGGCUCCGAUGUAG